GGAUAAGUGACCGAUAGUUUGUAUUUAUUUUUUUUAAUUUUGUGUAUUAUUUUUAACUGUCAGGAUAGGAACUUGGAGACUUUACCUUCAUCAUUAAUGAAAGUUUUUUUAUGUUGUUAAUACAUAUCUUAAUUGACAUUAUUAAGAUAUAAUCAGUGCACAUUAAGUCAGAUCUGUCAGUGUUUUUUUAAAAGUUCGUUCUGUUAGUUAUGUCAAUAUGAUUUAUUAAGAACAGUAUUGAAGAAAAGUAGAGUUGAUACUUCAUUUUUAUUAAAAUGGAAGAUGACAAAAGCAGUGUUUCAACAUCCAAUGACAUUUCAGUUAAAUUGGAAAAUGAGACAUCAAUAGAAGAAUAUGCUAUAAAGGAAGAAUCCCCUUUGGAGUUGCCUUCUGAUAUUAACAUGAAGUCUGAUACAUCUGUGCCCUGUUUAAUAUCCAGUCUUACAUCUGAUAUUAAAAAUGAAUCAGUUGAAAUCCAAGUAGGUUCAUCCUCAGAAAUAGUAUCAGACAACACUUCUGUUGGAACUGAGUUUCUUACUGAAACCAAAGAUGAAAGUGAAGCUAAUGAUUUUUCUGAUAUGAGUAAAUCAGACCCCAUUAAAAUUGAGGUCAAAAAAGAGUCAACAAAUUUUGAGCUAGAAUGUGCUGUGCCAUUAACUAGCGAGACAAGUGGAUCUGUUGUAAAUAACUUGGAUAAAAAAUCUAUUGACCCUGGAAGUAAAGUCACCCUUAAAAGGAAAAGUGAUUCACUAGCUCUAAUUUCUUCAUAUCAAAUAAGCUCUGAAUCGGAGGAAGACAUGAAGAGGGAUGCGUUCCUGAAACCACAGGUUUUGUCUGAGACUGAUUCUGAAAGUGAUACUGACUCUGAAUCCGAUGGAUUACCAGUAUUCAAUGAGGAUUCCGAUGCAGCUUCUGAAUCAGGUGAUGAAGCAGUUUCAAGUGGUAUCAAACAGAAAAAAUCUGGUAGAAAUAUCAAAGCCCCUGGAGAACUUGAUGUUGAUGAUCUUCCACCAAUUAAAGAUUUACAAAUAUCCGUUAAGGAAGAAGAGUGUUUGCCUUUUGGCAAAGUUCACAGUAUUGUCGAAACACUGGUUGUUAUUGAGGCACUUCCAGAUGUUCCUGCAAUAAAUUUGGAAUCAGUACUUUUUACGAAAAUCGGGCAACCUCUGGGAGAAAUAUUUGAUGUUUUUGGACCUGUUAAAAGACCUUACUAUACUAUACGAUUUAAUAAUCGUAAUGAAAUUGAGUCCAAAUCUCUUUCUGUUGGAACUAUAGUAUAUUGUGCUCCAAAGACCAAGUAUACUCAGUAUGUCUUUAUACAUCAGCUUGCGAAGAUGAAAGGAAGUGAUGCUUCUUGGAAGGGAGAUGUGGAACCUCCCCCUGGAUAUGAAGAAUAUUCAGAUGAUGAGGAAGAACGCAAAGCCAAAAAGGAAAGAAAAGAGUCCCGGAUGAAGGCUUUAGCCCAGGAAGUUGUAGAUCUCGAUGAGCCUAUCAGGAAAGUUCCAUCUUUUGAAGAAAGAAUGAAUCGUCAAAAUACGAUGAGGAACCAGCUAUUUAGCAAUCAUCUUACGACUCCACCUAAGCGCCCUGAUUGGUUUAGAAAUGCUGCACCAGGAGCUGGAAGACCAAUGCCUGAUGGAGAAGGUUCAAGUAAGGGAAACGUUGUAAGGGCAUCUAAUUUUACUGUACCUCCGUUCCAUAGGCAGGCACCUCCGACACCACCUUCUUUUCCCUUCUCUUCUAGCAGUAGCUUUCGAACAUCUCCACCCGGUGGUCGUUCAUUUUCCAUCAGAAAUAAUCAGAUGCAAUCAAAAUUCUUCUCCAGCCCAAGUACAAGUAACAUCUUUCCUUCUCAGAAUCAAAUGAAUGGAAAUCCGUUUUCACCUAGCAGGCCUCAAGCUUCCUUUUCCUCAAAUGGCCAGGCUUUUCCCACAAACACUCAGGGAUUUCAACCAACUAAUCCAGGAUUUCAGGCUAACGGUCAGAAGUUUCCUAGUCAAAAUUUCUCUCCUCAGAACUCUCAACCUUUUCAGAGAAAUGCUCCACCAUUUCGGCCUAUGGUUGGUGGAUUUUCAUCGAGCAACCAGUCAUGGCCAUCAAACAAUCACUCGUUUGGAGGCCAACCGUCAUUUCCUCCUAAUACUCAUUCCUUUCCAAGCCCUUCGUUCAGUAAUACUAACUCUCCAGGAUUUUCACAAAAUCGUCCCUGCAAGCACAGGCAUUUUGAUAAUCAAGCGUUGCAACCAAAAGGCCAACAGUUUCCAUUGAACAAUACUUGUGGAACUGGGAACAUCCAUCAGAAUGGAUAUAUGCCCGACAACCCUCCAUUUCCUCCUCAAUCUGACAAGCCAUUCUCUCAGAUGUUUCCACCAAACUGCUCCCAAUAUCCUCCUCAGCAAGGCCAGAACUUCCAGCCUCCCCAGCGCCCUGGUAUUCCCCCGUUCAAUCUUCCCAACAGUCGCUCUUUUGCUGGUAGCAGUCCUUCAUUUCAAUCUCAGAAUCGUUUUUCAUCCCCAAAUCAAGCUCCUCAGUUUUUACAAAAUAAUCAAUUCUUCCCUACAAACAUGCCUAGCUUCCAACAGCCUAAUAAUUCUUUUACAUAUAACUAGUUUAUAGAUUGAAAAUAUUAUUUUUUUAUUUAUUCAUGAGAUUUACAACUUCAUAAAUUUAAAAAUACAUCCAGUAAAUGUGCACAUGGUAAUAAUACAAUCCCAUGAAAGUGCUUGUUAAGAAACUACCCAUUGGUAGCACUCUUAGAAAAUAUUUAAGAUGAUAUUUCAAUUUUGUACUCUGUUCAUCUUAUAAUAUUAGUUUUAUAUUGAAUGUUUUUUUAAUCAGAAGUUUAUGGAAUUUCAUUUAAAUUUAAAUAAAAUAAAUUGUCUGAGUGAUGAUGUUCUAACUAAAAUAUGCUUAGUUUACUUGUAAUCACUCAAAAGUUUUCUAUUUUUUGAUGAAAUGAAUAAGUUAUUAUUAUUUUAUCUUGGCUUAUUUAGAACUAACUUCUUGCUGUGUCCAUCAGUUUAAUUUACAUGAUUUUAUAUUUUUUUGCUGUCUUUAUUAAAAUUAAUUCUACUCAUCUUGCCAAUCGUACUGCAUUUUAUUAUUCUGAUAGAUAGAAAGAUUGAAACAAUUUUAUAUUUUUAUAAAGUGAGAAUUUCUUUUUUGCACCGAUGACUUCUAUUGAGAUAACUCGAUUUUCAGCACUCAAUAUUAUAUCAUAAAUAAAUCAGCAAUAUAAUUUGCUUAUUUAAAGAAUUUAUUUCUUCCAUUUUUUUCAAUGUUGAAAUAGUUCUGAAAUCGUAGACCAAUUUUCAGUGUUAAUUCAUAUAAAUCUUGAUCUGAUGAUCAAUUGCAUUAAGAUAGUAUUUUGGUUGUCUCUUUUUGUAUUAUAUAUUAUUUGUUUCCAAUAAUAUAAAUAUAUAUAAAAUUUAAUCAGGAAUAAGUUUUCUGUGAUAUGGUUCAUGGUACAUAUUUUGAAUUUCAAAUAGCUUUAAUUGUAAUUGCAAUCCUUACGAAGGAAGCAUUUUUAAAAAAUGACACCAGGAUAGUCAAACUUUUUGUACUUUAUUAUGUUUUGUCUUAUUGGGACUAUUUAGGAAUAGCUAGCUAGUUUAUCCACCAAUACGAUUUUCUGAAAACAUUUUUUUGCUUUUUU